GAAGAGAGACCAUUGACAAACAACAAUGCGUAUCUCUCUCUUUCGAUGCUUCAUAUUCUCCGCGGUGCUGGUGGCGGCUCUGCUCAUCUCUGCCGCUAACGCCGGAGGCGACGAGUUCAGCUGGAUGCCAGUAAAAUCACAGUGCAAUGGAUCCAUAGCAGAUUGCAUCGACGCCGAAGGUGAAUUGGAAAUGGAUUCCGAAAGCAAUCGGCGCAUUCUAGCAACCACCAAGUACAUUAGCUAUGGCGCGCUGAAAGCCAAUAAUGUACCAUGCUCGAGGAGAGGUGCGUCGUACUACAACUGCCGUCCUGGUGCCCAAGCUAACCCCUACACCCGUGGUUGCUCCGCUAUCACGCGGUGCCGGAGUUAGUUUUCCGUCAAUUUUAAUAUAUGCAUCUGUAUGUAUAACUGUGUGACUCAGUUUAUAAUAAUUGGCGUUUUGUGUUUAAAUAUCUGAUUUAUAUACACAAGUUUAUUGAAAGUUCGAAAUAUUAUUUCA